AUGGCUAUUUCGAGGUUGAAGGAGAAGAUAAGCUUCCACCGCAAUGAUAUCUGUACAGUAAUUAUUUCCCUCCUGCUCUUCGCCAUGGCAGCGAGCUUCUUGUACAAAUAUGUAACAGAAAACAGCCCAGAAUCGAGAAAACCAAUGGUGAUACACAUGAACUCUUUCACUGUAUCAAACUUCAACAUCACAGACUCUGUUUUGGAAGCCGAAUGGGAAGCAAAUUUGACAUUUGAAAACCGAGAUGAUUGUUUUGAAAUUUCGAUCAACCCCUUUGAAACAUAUUUAUACCACAAAGAAAUCCUGCUCUCGUGUACGUCGGUGGAAUCAAUACGCCUUAAUCAUAGGAGGCAGAAGAAGGUUUUGAUAAAGGCAAAACAGAGUGGCUGCAGGGGAGUGAAGCCCAAGUUGGAGGAGCCCUUUCUCAGUGAGAUUAGGAAGGAGAAGGAGAAUGAUGGGGUCCUUUUGAAUUUGGAAAUGAAUAUGGAAUUUGAAGAAUCUAAAGAUGGGGUUGACAAAUGGGAUUUGAGUUUGACUCCUUCUUGCUCUUAUAUCAAAGUUUCUUUUCUGGGUGCAACCCAUGGGAAGUAUAUGGGUGAUGUGAUGAACUGUCCUAUUAAUUGGUAA